AUAAUGUUUAGAAAUCAAUUGCAACCUUUUCGAGUUGAUUAAUUGAUUGAUUAUUCCGUUAUUUUUAUGAAAAAAAAAAAAGAGGAAAAUUGUUCAACUCAGCGAUAAGAGGUUUGGGAUUACAUAGAGAAGGUCAAAUUGUCUCUUUAAUUGUUGUUAUCUGGCGCCAGUUUAAUGGAAUAUUUGGUUCAAAGGACAUCAAAUACUGGGAAAAGAUUUGACAUUUACAUCAGCUUCUCUUCAUGAGUAUUCACUCUUUCACUCUUUAUUAAAUCCUUGACGUAAGAUAUACUCUCGUCAAUAUUUGGCAUUAGAGUAAUUACAGUCAUCGCAAUUGUUGAAGCAUUUGUGGGUUAAACGAGUGCUUGGAAAAAAUGGCAAUUACGUCUUUAGUGGAUUAGGGUGAUUAUGACGGAAAGACUGUCACGAUGGUGAGCAAACUACCACAGGAGUUCCGGAGAUAUCAGAGAAAUCGUCAACAAUUGAGACAUAUCUUUAAAGAGACACAACGCACUUUGGAUGUUAUAAAUCAUGAGAACUUCUUUCCUGGCGAGAAUAUAAUCGAGAAAUUGCUACCCUCCAUAACCCUGGAUAAUUUGACCCACAUUCUGGACAAUCACCCAGCAAUAGUGAUAUCCGGACAAGACUGCAAAUCUAAAGCAGCCCUCGUCAACCGCCUCCUAGGAAUCGAGAUACUCCCUUCAACAGACGGUCAAUGGAGGUGGUUAAAAUUUGGCUACGGAUUUACAAAUCACGUGAGUCUUACCUUGGGUCUGGAGUACGAGGUAGUAGACAGAGUCCAAGCAAACGAAACUAUCUGGAACACCCUCCCUGAGGAGGACCUCAAAAGAUCGGACAACGACGAUCCAAAUUGCCCUACAAUCUUGGAAGUGAAGCUCGAUAAAGCAGUUUUAAAGGACAACGUCCAGAUAUUUGUAGUUCCCGAUGCGGCAGCUGUCAAGACUCUGGCGAAGGGUGCCCUCGGUAUCCUUCCAAUCUUUCUCUACGCCUUGAGCGACCAUCCUCUGACCGAGCAAAACACAGAGGAGUUACGAGAACUUAAGGCAACCUACCCCUACACUCCAGUACUUUUUGUCUCAUCCCUAGUCAGUACGAGCGUCGACUCCGUCGAUAUAGACCUAACCGAAUCAGAACAGCAUCGUCUUCAGAGUCAAUCGGAGUCAAUCACCCUAUCCUUGUCCUCUCCAUCAGACUCUUCCAGAGAAAAUGAAAAGUUCAAUCUCGAAAAGAUGAAUUCACUGGGCUACACCUGGCUGGAUCAACUAGGAGGUCUUGGCUUUCUCAGGAUACAAUCCGACGAGGUCGAUCAGAUGAGCUGGAUGAUGGGAGGAGAGUACGUAAAUUCCUCGGAUCUCAUUGAAUCCUACUCAAAAAUUAAUAGAAUUCUUUACUUUACCCGAGGGUGUCUGCAAAGUUAUCUAGUCAAUGCCAGCAAUUAUCUUAAUGAAAUCCACACUACUUUUCUCCGGAAAUUCAUCCUGAGUGCCUUCGACAUGGCUAGAGAAAUCCAGAUAACUCCCAGAAGAAUCCAGUACGCCCAGCAGAAGGAGAAUGAGCUCUACACGAGGUUAAUGAGUGUGGUGAGUAAAAAUCAAGAGGAACUGACUGAAUUAAUCCAGAGUAUCAUUCAAGAGAUGAAGAAUGACGUUGAAGGAACUGAUGAGAACAAUUGCGCGUACCAAAAUACGUUAUCAGAAGAUUCAGAGAGGACCGAGUGGCAUGCAACUGUCAGAUCUGCCACAACUGAUGUCCAAAGGAUUGUUCUGAUUGAAUUAAGUGAAAAAGUUGCUAAAAAGUUAGUGUCAUUUGUCAAUUGCCUUCGAGAGAAUUUCUUCGGUACCCUGCAAAGGUGUCUAUUGGAGCUAGAGAAGAGUUAUGAUCAAGAUGGCAACCUACUUGCAAGUGAUGCUCUAAAGCAGAUCCUAUCAGCAGCUUAUAAUGUAGAACUUCAUAACUCGUCUCCAUCGCUGGUUCACUCGUUUAUUGAGAGGCUCAGACAGUUGUUUAAAUCCAUGCCCCUCCCCUGGGCACCAACACCCAUCCUGGACGCCUCCUGGAGGAAAAAAGUCACUAUAGAUGUUCUCAAUUCGCUAUCGGCUGGGAGAUUAGCCAAAACUAUUUCGACGCAAUUCAGGGAUAAGAUAAAAUGCGCCCACGAUGCUUUUCAUGCUGCUCUGAGGUCCUUAGAGAAUCAUUACUCCGGACGACUAGAGAGAACCGAGGAGCAGAGGGUGGCCAUUAGAAAAAUUCAUGCACCGAGGCUGGCUAAAUUGGCUUUGGAGUCAACUUCGAUGAGUGAUAUGGUGAGAUUUGGUAUUCCUCAUCAGGGAAAGGAGAUCGGAAGGGGACAGUAUGGAGUUGUUUUUGCUUGUGAGGGGUGGGGAGGUGCUCCGGGACCUUGUGCUGUUAAAUCUGUGGUCCCUCCUGAUGAGAAACACUGGAAUGAUCUUGCAAUGGAAUUUUAUUACACUAGAACUAUUCCGGAUCACAAGAGGAUUGUCAAACUCAGAGGCUCUGUGAUCGAUCAUAAUUAUGGAGGAGGAUGUGGAUUGGGGGCUGCAGUUUUGCUUAUUACUGACAGAAUGAGUCGAGAUCUUUAUUGCGGCAUCAGAGCGGGCUUAACCUGGCUCGAGAGGAUACAAAUCGCCAUUGAUGUUCUUGAGGGAAUCAGGUAUCUGCACUCUCAGGGGCUUGUGCACAGGGACAUCAAAUUGAAGAAUGUUCUGUUGGAUGUGGAGAAUCGAGCUAAAUUGACUGACCUUGGAUUUUGUAUUACUGAAGCUAUGAUGUCUGGCUCGGUGGUGGGAACUCCCGUACAUAUGGCACCUGAAUUGCUCUCUGGACAUUAUGAUAGUAGUGUUGAUGUUUAUGCUUUUGGUAUUCUCCUCUGGUAUACUUGCGCUGGACACACGAGGAUGCCUAAUGCCUUUGAGCACUUUCAGAAUAAGGAGCAGCUGUGGGGGAGUGUACGGAGAGGUGUGCGACCCGAACGUUUAUCACACUUCGAUGAUGAGUGCUGGACACUUAUGGAGCAAUGUUGGUCUGGUGAACCGUCGAAACGACCGCUCCUCGGUGCUAUUCUUCCCGUGUUAGAGUUAAUCCGUGAAAAAGCUGAACUAGGCAAGUCCAUGACAGAAAUCGACGCAGUCAGACAACCCAGCUCAUCAAGCUCAUUAUCAGAGACGAAAAGUCCAGCUUUAGCAUUAGCCGAACCCAAUAAUCAAAGGGGCACAAUGAUGAGCUCAACUGGCUGUACUUCACCAUCGAGUAGCAUAUCUGUCGUGUAUGAAACUUGCGAGGCUGAUGAAACCUUCAGGGUGUCAAUUUUAUCUGGAUGCAGAGGAAGUGUCAAUUAUCGUCGAUAAACUCAGCUUGUGAUAUUCCAAAGGUUUUUUGCGUAAUUCAUA